UGUACGAACUUGUGUUCCUCUUCUAUCAAACCCUAAAAACCCUCCCAAAUCAGGAGUCGCCUCCUUCCCUCCCCUUCCUCCAUCCGCCCGCUUAAUCUCGUCGAUCUCAGUUGGAUCCCGGCAUCUACAAUCCUCCCCGGCCGUCUCAUUGAGUUUUGAUACCAACGUUACGAUGAGGCUGAUCACGGGGGUGAAAUGUCUCCGUUACUCUUCAAAUUUGUCUAAACGAGCUGCAUUAUCAUCUUGGGAUCGCCUCUUCAGUGAUGUUGCUGCCGGAGAGACCAAUUCUAAACCAAAACGCUACAAGUAUCCAGCAGUCUACGAACCUUUUGGUCCAAAGGCUCCUCCAUCUGAGAAAGUUUUGCAGCUUGCUGAUCGAAUUGCUGCCCUUCCUCCGGAGGAACUUAAACAGAUUGGACCUACCCUCCAUCUGCGGCUAAAUCAACCUGCGCUUCAUUCCAUAUCUUCUCAGGGUUUCAGCUUUGGAGCUCACUCGGGAGCUGGUGCCAAAAAAGCCGAAGAGAAGAAAGAAGAAAAAACAGCAUUUGAUGUUAAAUUGGAGAAGUUUGAUGCCGCUUCAAAGAUUAAGGUGAUCAAGGAGGUCAGGGCAUUUACCAAUCUUGGUCUAAAGGAGGCUAAAGAUUUGGUGGAGAAGGCACCUGCCAUAUUGAAGCAAGGCGUCACGAAGGAGGAGGCCAACGACAUCAUAGAGAAGAUAAAAGCUGCUGGUGGUGUUGCUGUUAUGGAGUGAAGUAGUCGAACCUUUAGAAGCCUUGUUCAGUGGAACGAUGACUUAAAUCUUUUCGUGUCUAUGUUUUAUGCUCGACGCUCGAGUUCAUUCAUUCUCUAUUGAGCUUUUUAUCUUGUACUAAAAAACUAGGGCAAAUGCUGGUCCAUUACCAUCUGAUAAGAGAAGUUUAGAUGAGUAACCCGAAAACGAAAAGGGUUGUUGGAUGUUAAUUUUGUUUCCAAAUACUUUGAUCAUGUAAUCUUUUCUGUCAACACAUAAUAAACCAACUGUAUCGAGUAUUGGCAAAUACAGUGGUCCUUGGUGCUA